UAUUGGUUGAAUAUCUCCAGUAGUCAUGCGACUGUUCACAGAGGAGUAUAGAACAGUGUCGUAAACCUCAGAGAAACAAAAUAAGAGUUUGUGACAGUGCAGUGUAUUUUCCACCUGUUUUUGACUAACCUUAAAACAUUAUUAUCAAUAAAAACCUACGAGAGAUUGUUUGAACAAAAUUAAAUCAAAAUGAAAUUUCGAUUUUUGGGAGACGGUGAUUGUCCCGAUUGGCUUUUAGCAGAAAUUAAUACACUCUCACGAAUGACAUCAAUUAAAAUGAAAACCUUAGGACAAAUUGUUAUGAAGUCAUUGACGGAAGGAGAAUUGGAUGAAGAGAAAAUAAAAAAAAUCACACAGGAUGCAAAGCUCGAUAUGAGCGAUGCAAAAGCUAUGAUAGCAGCUUUGGAAUUGAUCUUCACAUCAUCAGCACGUUAUGGUGUAUCUGCAGCUGAUUUGAGUAGCGAAUUGCAACAAUUGGGUCUUCCAAGGGAACACAGUACGGCUGUUGCAAGAAUUCACACAGAUUCUUGUUCACAACUUACAGCUACUCUUUCGUCUCAAUCUUUGAGAGUGAGCCGUUUAUCAUCGAUCAAAGUUGUAUCCUGCGACAGUUCUUCGCCAUUUUCAACAGUCAGCUUGAAAGUUAAGAAAUUAGAAGGAAAUGAAGAAGAAUCUACGAUUAAUAUUUCCAAGAAUGACGUACAGGUUUUACUUACGGAACUUAAAAGGGCUCGUACGUUGAUGGAAAAUCUUUGAAAGAAAAA